AUGGCUUCCUUCUCCUUCUCCAUGAUCAUUACCUUCUCCUUCUUUUUGGUUGUUGCAUUCGUGGUGGCUUCGGCUCAGCUAUCGCCGAACUUCUACGCAAGUUCGUGUCCUUCGGCUCUGUCCAUUAUUCAGGAGACCGUGAGCACGGCGGUGUCCUCGGAGCCCCGAAUGGGAGCCUCGCUCUUGCGUCUCCAUUACCACGACUGCUUUGUCAAUGGUUGUGAUGGCUCCGUAUUGUUGGAUGACACCGAGAGAUUCACGGGCGAGAAGACGGCUCGCCCCAAUGUGAAUUCAAUCAGGGGUUUCGACGUGGUUGACAACAUCAAGGCUCGGCUCGAAGGACAGUGCCCCGGGAUCGUUUCGUGUGCCGACAUCCUAGCCGUCGCAGCCCGCGAUUCCGUCGUUGCUUUGGGUGGACCAACGUGGACCGUUUUACACGUACAACUAGGCAGGAGAGAUUCAACCACGGCAAGUCUGAGAGCUGCAAACAGCGAUAUUCCUCCCUCACUCUCAGACCUUAGCUUUCUCAUAUCCGCCUUCUCUAAAAAGGGCUUUUCUGCCAAAGAAAUGGUCGCCCUCUCAGGAACUCACUUGAUAGGCCGAGCAAGGUGCGUCUUGUACGGCAUUCGCAUCUACAAUGAGAAGAACAUUGACCCCACAUUUGCUGCGUCGCUGGAGCAGGACUGUCCCCGUGCCGGUGGGGAGGAUAAUCUAGCGUCGCUCGACGCCACCGGCGAUGUGUUCGACAACAACUACUUCAAGAAUCUAGUGAGCAUGAAGGGCCUUCUGCACUCGGACCGGCAGCUGUUCAACAACGGAUCCACCGACUCGCAAGUGAAUACCUACAGCCUUGACUCGGCCGCCUUCUUUGCCGAUUUGGCCGAUGCUAUGGUGAAGAUGGGAAACCUCAGCCCCCUCACAGGGACGGAUGGACAAGUAAGAACGAAUUGCAGGAAGGUCAAUGCAUCUUAAUCAAGCAAUUAGCUGAUGUAAGGAUGUUUGGAUAAUUUCUUGUAACUAUUAUAUACAGAUCUUGAUAAACAG